AUCCAAUAUUUAGCCCCUUGUUUCAAACACAUCUCACAUCCUUCUAUUUCUCUCUCUCCUCCAACGUUUUAGUAUUUGAAAGAAUAAAUCAAAAGAACCAAAAAAAACCCUAGAAACAAAACAAUCUUUGUUCUAACCAGUAUCAAGCAAGAUGAUCAAUUUUGAGGCGACGGAGCUGAGGUUAGGGCUGCCGGGUGGCAAUCACGGAGGAGACAUGGCCAUGAAAAAUAAUGGGAAACGAGGAUUUUCUGAGACCGUUGAUCUCAAGCUGAAUCUUUCAUCGACGGCUAUGGAUUCGGUUUCCGGAGUUGAUUUAGAGAAUAUGAAGGAGAAGGUCGUAAAACCACCAGCCAAGGCACAAGUUGUGGGAUGGCCACCGGUACGAUCUUUCCGGAAGAACGUCAUGUCAGGCCAAAAGCCAACCGCCGGAGAUGCCGCCGAAGGAACGGAAAAGACUUCCAGCAGCAACGCAGCCACUUCCUCUGCCGCAGCUUACGUGAAAGUUAGCUUGGACGGCGCACCGUACCUAAGAAAAAUUGAUUUGAAACUUUACAAAACAUAUCAAGACCUCUCCGACGCCUUAAGCAAAAUGUUCAGCUCUUUUACCAUAGGCAACUGUGGACCACAAGGAAUGAAAGAUUUUAUGAACGAGAGUAGGUUGAUCGAUCUUUUGAACGGAUCAGAUUACGUUCCAACUUAUGAAGAUAAAGAUGGAGACUGGAUGCUUGUAGGAGACGUACCGUGGGGGAUGUUUGUUGAUUCAUGCAAACGCAUAAGAAUAAUGAAGGGAUCAGAAGCAAUCGGACUUGCUCCAAGGGCAUUAGAAAAGUGCAAGAACAGAAGCUGAGAGCUCUCAGAAAAUGACCGGUUCGAUCCGGUUGGAUAUCUCAAACCGAGAAAAGCCAAACCGGCUCGAAACUACUGUUACGAGCAGGGAGUUUGCGUAUAAUAUUCAUAAAUAAUAAUUAAUAUUGUGGUGUAUUACAUUUUAUAAAUUCAAACCUUUUUGUUAUAUGUAUAAUAUUAUAUACAUAUAUAUGAAUAUGUAUAUUAGGUGGCAUCUAUGUAUUUCCGCUUUGAACAACUUUUGUUUUUACGCAUUAUUGUAUUGUCUAUAUGGUUACGUAUCCGUAAGACAUCUUAAUGUGUUACUUUGACGUGACAAAGUAUCAUUCACGUUUAGUGUAUUACAUUACUA